AUGAAUGAUACGACGUUGGUGUACGAGCAGUCUGAAAUGCACCCACACGAGUUUGAAGAGAAGCUCACUACCGAAUCGAUCAAGGAUAUGAUACCUGAUCGUAUGCAAAACAAGUCCCCUGAUUCCCCAGAUGGAAUUACUGUUGGGGAUGGGGAGGUGAAUCAACCGCCCGACCAUCUGGGAGACCGAGAAGCAGCGGUCACCGGCGAAGGAGAACAGGAGUGCAAGUCAUACCAACACGCAGGUGAAACAUUAUUCGCGGAAGAUGUUGGUCAACACAUGGCAGUCUUACUGGACGUGGACAUGACGCUAUGCGAGGUCAAGAUUGAGGAUAUACAGGUGAUCGAACCAGGGGUUCCAUUGACGAAAAAGCAAGAAGAAUUACGCCAGCUGAUCUGGAAGAAAGACAUCUGUUGA